AUGAAUACCAUAUGCUUGGGAAGAUCGUUUCCCUUGGAUGCUUAUGUCGGGGAUCUUAUGGUUUUCUUAAGUAGGAUUUGGCACAAGGUAAAUCCAAUGAGUUUGCUUUGUUUCAGAAAUUUGGGUGGAUUUGGCAGAAGACAAAUCCACGACUUUUCAUCUUUUCCAGAUGAGGAUUACCGAGUUGAGAAGCAGCAUGAAGGAAGAAGCUGGAGUGGUUUGCUUUACGAAGUAUCAAACCAAGCACUAACAUGGAAAUAUGAAAAUCAGCUUGCGAAGGAUAUUAGAGAUCUAAUGGAAAAUUGGGUGUAG